GCGAAUGUUUAGGGAAAAUGUUGAUUCCGUAACAAUUAUCGAUAUCUUCUAUACCUAUAUAAUGCAAAGUUGAGUCUAAAUUGUCAGAUGAAAAUCGAAGAGUUAUUGGCACCGUAUACAGAUAAAUAUUACGAUAUACUUUGCAGAUAAAAAAAAAUUUAAAAAUCUGUGGACUGGAUUCAGUGUGCAUUAAUGAAUGACAAUACGAUUGGGAUUAGAAAUGGAAGUUUUCUAGAAAUGAAAAACUCAGAUAUAGGGGGUGCCCCCGCGGAGCCUGAUCAUUUACACCCACAGACGGAGUUCCGGCGCCGACGGAGCAUCACUCCUCGUAUACACGGACCAAACGACGAAGACACUAAGGUGACGUGGAGUGAUCUAAGUUACGAAUUUACGCAGUACACAACUUUACAUGGCCUCAGAUAUAUAGCUCUCCGGGAUGCAUUUAUCUUAAGAAGGAUAUUCUGGCUGCUACUGACAGUGACCUGCUCCAGUCUGAUGGUUGUUCAGGUUGUUGAUCGUGUCCAGUACUUACUACAGUCGCCGAUCGCUGUCAACAUCAAAGUUAACUAUAACCAGAGUCUCGUGUUUCCCACCAUUACAAUCUGCAACCAGAAUGCAUUCCGGGCGACAGAAGCCAGUGAACUUGACCUUUACCAGCUUAUCGAGGACAUGUAUCAUGACGGAAGUAAAGACUCGAUUAACACAUCUUCGCUACAAAGCUCGCAUUUGGACAUUGGUUUGGACGAAUUGUACACCAAACUUGGACACAGCAAGGACGAUUUUAUAAUUAGUUGUUCCUGGGCCGGAGAAAGGUGUUCGGCAGAUAAUUUUACCACGACCUUGACCGACCACGGGAUGUGUUAUACAUUUAACGACAAAUCUCAGCUAGACGUGUCAUUUUCAGGGGCUGAACAUGGCCUUCGGCUUACUCUUAAUGUGGAGCGAUAUAAUGCUAUGCCAGGCCCUCACGAUGCAAACGGGAUCAAACUUCUGGCCACCUCAGAGUCGGAAUUUCCUCGCGUGGAGGAAAUUGGAUUAGCCAUACCCGCGGGUGCGCAUGCGUUCGUGGGACUCGGCGUACUUGUGAUAAAAAAUUUACCCAAACCUCAUGGCGACUGCGGAGAGCGAACAUUGAUUUCAACCGAAAGAUAUACACCGGAAAUGUGCAUCCUAGAGUGUGUUACGGACUACGUUGGCAAAAAGUGCAACUGUCGAAAUUUCUACAUGCCUAAUAUAAAUGGAAAACUUCCAGUUUGCACAGUGAAACAAUAUUUUAACUGUUACCUCAAAGCAUACGAACAUAUACGGAAAAGAACAGUAGUCGAAUGUGACUGUCCGACUUCAUGUAAUUAUCAGUUAUACGAGAGUUCCAUUUCAUACGCCACGACCUCAGCUAAUGUGAAAGGCAACCUGCUAGGUCUCGCUAAAUCAGCGGAUUUGAAACAGAAAUUUUACAGGGCAAGGGAAGUCACUUCAAAAAUGAACACGGCAAUUCUGAAGCGAUUCGAAGAGACGGUACAAGGAACAGUCGAAAAUUACAAAAAACUAAAAUAUUUAUUUGCAGUCGAUAUUCUAGAGCGUUUGGAUAAUCAGAUGGAGACUCUUAAGAAUUGGCGGGAAAAUAUGACAUCAACGAUAAACCGGAAACAGUUUUUGUAUGAUUACCAGGAAUAUUCUAUUCAGAAGAAUUUCUUGCGGGCGCGUGACGCAAUGGAGGAAAGGACACUGAAUACGCUGUGUUUUGGGUUUCAUGAGCACGUGUUUAAAACCGAACUUCUUUUACGUCAGAUGUUUGAGGCAAUUCAACAGAAUAAAAGUGUUCCCGCAGGUAUGAUCCACACAUACUUGAAAACUAUUUUGCAAAGUAAGAUUGAAACAGCGGGAAGGGCUUAUCAAAAUUACACACAGAUUUAUACGGCGUACGAAACGGGUCAAAGAAUAUUCAACUAUAAGUUUAAGGACAUUCCACGCAAGGAUAACGAGGCGAUAGUCCCAAAACUGCUUCUGAACGAAUCUCUCUCACAUAACGCAUAUGCCAGACGUUAUUCCAGGCGCGUUGGUAAAGACAUAAAACGUGUUUUGAAAUGGACAAAUCGUUUUGAAAUGUUUACUGAUGAAACUUACCACAAUACGUCUGACACAUUUGACUUUCUGAGAAUGCACACUCUCAGCGGACAGUUUAUUGACGCAUGUGAAGACUUUUUCCACAGUAAAAGUACGUUUUAUUUCGAGUCUGUGGAUAGACCUUUACGCUUUAUUCAAGAGCGCAUGCAGAACUUCUCUAACAUGAGGAGAGAUUUUGAUGAAAACAUUGGCGAACAGUUCAAUGCAUUACGAACGCUGAGAAACUCUCUUUUCAUUAUUCAAAGUGGGGUUUAUACAGAUUUAGCGAGCGGAAUCAAGUUAGCAGAAGAAUAUUUCGUAGAAAACUCGACACAAAAUGUAACCAAACUGCGAUUGGCAGAGAUAUUUACAUCCAAAUCUGUCAGUAAUGAUUUGCACAUGCUUUCAUUAUUUUUCACGGAAAUUCGCCAGAAAGGACAAUUUAUUUACGAAACCUGGAAGGCCAUUAGAUCGACGAGCCUCCUCAUAUGGGAAACUAUUCUCAAAGAUAAGGACAGCGUGGAAUAUUACAAGUACAAAAACAUGACAGACUUUCUGCAAAACUACACAGGCGUUGCCACAGAUUUAAAUUCGAUAGUAAAAAUGCUUCAGGACGACAACGAUCUCCGAAAUGUAUUGCGCAAUACGGAUAAUGUUUUCGUCAAGGCCACAGAGACGCUCACAGAGGAGCUCCGCGAAUUCUUACAUGGAAACGAAAUGGGAGAAAGUUUCAUUCGGGACAAUUUUCUACAGCUUGAUAUUUACUACAAAGAAUUACGACAUGAAGAAAUCGAGCAGCAGAGAGCGUAUGAUGCUAUCGCACUUCUGUGUGACAUUGGUGGAUCUAUAGGCCUGUUUAUAGGCGCUAGUGUUAUGACGGUGUUUGAAAUACUAGACUUCGUCAUCAGUAACGCUGUCUUCAAUAUGAUUAACAGAAACAACACGAUAGUAUAG